UCUGAUUUUCCUACUUCCCAGUUACUCUUAUCAGGUUUAAUUCUGUUGUAUCUCUGUAUGAUCCAAGGAUGAAAGCUGAUGGGUUUGCUGUUUGUGAAGUGGCAGGGCUUUAAAACAAGCAGGCCUAUUAUACAUCACAGGCAUAUAAACAGAGCACAGAAUGUUAAUAUCCAAAUUGCUGAUUUUAAAUAUGCCAGCAGUGCUGCUAGGGAGCUUGGGUCAUGGGGGAAACAUUUUGUUUGUUGCUUUUAAUGGAAUUCCAAAUGUGAUUUCAAAGUGGACACACUUGCAUCCGUGAAAGUGCUGUGGAAUAAUCAGGUUGCUGGUGGAGGCUGAAAUGUGGAGCAGGAAACUGAACGUAAGUUCUGAAGUUUCUAAAAUAUUGUGACUGUGGAAAGAGAGAGCAGGGUGAAGAAGCAGUUGUUAACCAGUUGCCAACAAUCUUUCAACCUUCUAUCCUGCUCUACUCUAGGCAUGUCAAACUCAAAUGGGUUCAGGGGGUCCAACGCUUCUCUGAGCAGGUGCAUUGGGUCCACCCCAAUAAUGUUGCCAGGACCACCCUGGUUUCGAUUGGCCAUUCAGCUCCAGUGUGCUACCCCAACAUUUGUGCCACUAUGCUCCUUGUCUUCCAGUUACCUCGCAUUUCUCCAAGCACCUGAGCAGUCCUUGUUCCCACCAUAUAAACCAGGGUGGAAAGCUUUUCUUUCUGUAGAAUAGGAGUGGGGUUCCAUGACUUGAGUCUAGGAAAGUUGUCCAAUUAGCACAAGGACUUCCCCCACCCUGGCACCCCCCAAUCUGUUCCAAGGGCUUGCCCAACCCUCUAGUGCAGGAGUGGAAAUCCUGUUUUGCUGGUGGAAGUCCUUUUGCUCACAGGACAACAUUUUUUGAUAUGACCCCUCAGGCCUAGGACUGAAUGUAGCCCUCCGAGUGUUGUCUUUAUUGUCUUUACUUUGGGGUACUUUCUAGGCCGUGAUCUCUCUCUGUGCCACCCCCCAUUGACCUUGCUACCUCCCCUCCUUAAGUAACUUAAUUGCUUUGAUGUAGAGGUGUGAGGGUUUAUCAUCAUUUCUUAUCACUUGUCAUCAUUUCUUAUUGGUUAGGAGGGAGAGAGCAAAGCUAUUAAGUCUUCACCUUUUGUUCACCAGUAUAUUACCUUAUCACUUACCACGAUGUUAUUUCAAUACCGGUAUUCAACGAUAAGGCGAUUUAUUGCACAGCACUGCUUCCUACAACAGCCGCUUCAAUCUGACAUCCUGAACAUUCCCAUCACCCAUGUUUGUUUUCCCAGGAGCAAAGGGAAUUUCUGCCUCUGCAAUUCACAUCAAUUUUGCCUUGGUAGCCUAUGCUAUCCUGGCAUAUUCCAAGUACCAUAUUCGUUGACCGCUGUGCAGCUAAUUUAAAUGGAAGUGGGGAAGAAACUGGUGUUGCGGUGUGUGGUAGCAGUCACUGGAAGCAUCAAGAGAUCCCCCCAACCACUUGAGGAAGAUGAAGAUAAGGACCAGCGAACAGUGACCAUCAAUCCUUGUCACAUGGGAAAGGCAUUCAAAGUCAUGAAUGAACUAAGGAGCAAGCGGCUUCUCUGUGAUGUGGUGAUUGUUGCUGAAGAUGUUGAGAUCGAAGCCCAUCGUAUUGUCCUGGCAGCCUGCAGUCCGUAUUUCUGUGCAAUGUUUACAGGAGAUAUGACUGAAAGCAAAGCAAAGAAGAUCGAGAUCAAAGAUGUUGAUGGACUAACCUUAAGUAAGCUGAUUGAUUACAUCUACACCGCUGAGAUAGAGGUCACAGAAGAAAAUGUUCAGGUUUUGUUACCAGCAGCCAGCCUAUUGCAGCUAAUGGAUGUUCGACAAAACUGUUGUGACUUUCUUCAAUCUCAGCUCCAUCCCACGAAUUGCCUUGGUAUUCGCGCCUUUGCAGAUGUGCAUACUUGCACUGAACUGUUGCAACAGGCCAACGCCUAUGCAGAGCAGCAUUUUCCUGAGGUGAUGCUUGGUGAAGAAUUCCUUAGCCUUAGCCUAGACCAAGUUUGCAGUUUGAUAUCAAGUGACAAGCUAACCGUUUCAUCAGAAGAAAAGGUGUUUGAAGCUGUCAUUUCUUGGAUAAAUUAUGAGAAAGAGUCUCGCUUGGAACACAUGGCUAAGUUGAUGGAACAUGUCCGCCUCCCUCUCUUGCCCAGAGAUUACCUUGUACAGACAGUUGAAGAAGAAGCUUUAAUCAAGAACAAUAACACAUGUAAAGAUUUCCUUAUUGAGGCCAUGAAAUACCACUUGCUUCCUCUGGAUCAACGGCAGUUGAUAAAGAAUCCUAGAACAAAACCAAGGACCCCAGUCAGUCUGCCAAAGGUAAUGAUGGUGGUUGGUGGCCAAGCACCUAAAGCCAUUCGGAGUGUAGAGUGUUAUGAUUUUGAGGAGGAGCGAUGGGAUCAAGUUGCUGAACUUCCUUCUCGGAGAUGUAGAGCAGGGGUGGUAUUCAUGGCAGGCAAAGUCUAUGCUGUGGGAGGUUUUAAUGGCUCUUUACGAGUCCGAACAGUAGAUGUAUAUGAUGGAGUGAAAGACUUGUGGACAUCAAUAGCCAGCAUGCAAGAAAGACGAAGCACUUUAGGGGCAGCUGUGCUAAAUGAACUCCUCUAUGCUGUUGGUGGAUUUGAUGGAAGCACAGGUCUUGCAUCUGUGGAAGCAUAUAACUAUAAGACCAAUGAGUGGUUUUUUGUGGCACCUAUGAACACAAGAAGAAGCAGCGUUGGAGUUGGGGUCGUGGAAGGUAAAAGCAAACUGCUGUAUUGGCCGCAGCAGCACAGUAAACUCUAUGCUGUUGGUGGUUACGAUGGAGCAUCACGUCAGUGCCUUAGUACUGUUGAACAGUAUAAUCCAGCUACAAAUGAGUGGGCAUAUGUGUCGGAUAUGAGUACUCGCCGCAGUGGUGCAGGUGUUGGUGUACUUAGUGGACAGCUGUAUGCUACUGGGGGACAUGAUGGCCCUUUGGUGAGGAAAAGUGUGGAAGUAUAUGAUCCUGGAACAAAUACGUGGAAACAAGUGGCAGAUAUGAAUAUGUGUAGAAGAAAUGCAGGUGUGUGUUCAGUGAAUGGUCUUCUCUAUGUGGUUGGAGGAGAUGAUGGCUCUUGCAAUUUGGCAUCUGUAGAAUACUAUAAUCCUGUCACUGAUAAAUGGACAUUAUUACCAACAAACAUGAGCACUGGAAGAAGUUAUGCAGGUGUAGCUGUGAUCCAUAAACCAUUGUGACACAUGUUCAAGUGACUGCAAAGACAAGAAAUAAUGACCAUCUUGCUUGGUGGGUUUUGGAAGAUGCUGAAAUCUGACUCUUAACUGCCACACUAUAAUAUUGCACUCCUAGCAUGACAAGUAUGUGCUAAGACCAUCAACCUCUGCUCAGCAAUGGGCAGUGCAGCAACGUGAAAAGUCUUGCUGUGAACAUGUUCCAGAAAUGAGGUGUUGCUUGUUUUUCUUGGUGCAAUCUGCUGUUUUAUGUACAGCCAAGACUUGAGUUUGAACUGAAUUUCUCAAGAGUAAGGAAAUGUAUCUCUAUGGCAUGUAACCAGGAGAAAGGGUAUUUUGGAAUACUUCACUGCUGAAGUAGCAUAUACACUAUAAUAUGUUCUAUUUACUUACCAAACCUUUUAGACAAAUCUACUACUGAGACUGGAAUUUUUGAAACAACCCUCGAAAGGAAACCAGACCUGAAUAAAUAAGACUGGGAGCUCUAGCUCAUAUGGUAUAUUGCCCCCAUCAUAUGUACAUACACUAGUUGACUACUGUAAAUGUGUUAUUUAGGACACUGGAUGUGUACAUUGUAUGAAUUUUAUCCUAGAUGUAGAACUGCAAUUUUCAAACCUAUUUUGUAUAUGUGGUCGGAUGAGCCAAGCAGCGUCUUUCUCUAGGGUAAAAGCAUACGUGAACUACCCAAAGACUAGUAACCGCACUAAAAUGUAAGGUUCUAGAGGCGGGCUGGUGGUGGUGGGGAAGGUAUUUCAAAAUUAAUUCUGACCACAGUUGACAUUGAAAGGGGUGGGGAGUCAUAACAUAGUGUCGCCUUGACUAUUGCCAACAAUUCAGAAAACCCUGCUUUUUAAAGGGCAUCUGGGUACCAUGGAAGAGUAUUUUAAAUUCAUCAACUAUGGAUGUCAUCAGAUUUCCAGGGUGGUGGUGGGAUUCAGUAGUGGAUUCCAGAGUUACAGCCAGGUUUGGAGAGCUGCAUCCAGCACAGUGACUUGUAGGAUGAUAUUGUACAUGGAUGAUAUUGUCAUGAGCAAAUGGGACUUCUGAAUAACAAACUGGGUGGUCAGCCUUCUAUCCAGAAUAAUAAUCUAGUAAAUGCUAGCCAAGUUUAGAUUAGAACUUCACCCAUCCCUAUAUACCUCUUGCAUUUGGCCAAAUACCACAAGUUGCCCAAGAUUUAAAAACCUUUAAGUGUCUUAUGCUUCCAUCAUGUAGUUGGUUAAGGCUGCAGUGCUGUGCAUAAUCACCUUGGAGUAAGCUCUGUUGAACUCAGUGGAGCUUACUUUUGAGUAGACAUGUAUAGGAUUGCACAGUAAUUCUUCCAGCCAUUUUCCCUAACUGCUGACCUUUCAAAUAUUCACUUUGUUUUCCUUAUUAUAGCUGUGUACUGAAGUUACUCAAACUUUUAAGCAUUUAGUCCAAAAGGGAGAGAGAAGUGAUUUGGGAGAAAUAAGGAAAGCUGGGUCUAGCUAAUUGGCUCAACUCAAAUCUAAAAACCUCCAAGCUUCUGUUAUGUUCACUGUCAUCAUCCAACUGAGAAUUAUUUUGUUCCUAGAAAGUUUGUGUUCUUGUAACUUCCAGCUCUUCUGGGAUGUGUAAUGCUAAGGAAAGCAGCCACAAAAUAUUAACAAGGAAGUAUAUCCUUCCUUUCUCUUCCAACCCCUUACUACGUGCAUUUUAAAGGUGUGGUGUGUGUGUGUGUGUGUUUCCCGAAGAGCACUUAACUUAUUUCUUAUGUAGAUAGACAGCUUUUUUAUCACUUGCCAAAUAUCAAGAGUGAAGUAGAAUAUAUAACUGAACUUGCUUUGAACAAGUGUUAAUAAGGUAAGAUUCUAUUAUUUUUGACAAGGGCUUUCAUCCCUUAAUUGGAUAUAAAAACAAAACAAUUUCCUUAAAAGAGUGCUACAUCUCAUGAUACCUUUUGUACUCUGGCACAGAUACUAUAGUACAAAAUACACCUGAAGAAUGCACAUACAGGGUGCAUAAUCGCUCUUCAAAACACAAGUGAGCCUGGUUGUUGCUUGCUCAACACUUCAGUAUUUUAAAGAGGAACAUGGCAGUUUCUACAUGUGUUGUAUUUCUGAGAAUGCAGCCAGCAGGCAAUGAAUUGCUUCCAGGGUUGGGGUAGGAAAUCUCUCUUCAGGACCUGUUUAUGCAUUAUUCUUUCUGUGUGGAGGAUAUUAGUCUGCUACAUAUAGCCCCUGGUCUCUCUCUGUAUGAGUUCUGGGCUGCAGCUUUGCUUUGAAUGUCUUGAGAGCACUGUGGAGAUUCUCCACAGGAUAGCAGCAGUCUUUAGGGCCCCACAGCCCUAUAUCAACUUACCUGGGGUCAAUCUCCAUUGAAUUCAGUGGAACUUACUUCUGAAUAGACAUGUAAAGGAUUGCAUUGUUCAAUCACAAUAGCAGAUGUAGAUCACUCAAUAGGCAGAAGAUUAUUCCUCCACAUGAAGAAAUGCAAUGUGUAAACCACUUAAGGCCAUUUAAAUACUAUGAAAUCUUGCCCUCUCAUAUUGGUUGAAGGAUCAUUUAAACACUAAGCGUACACCCUUACCUCAUUUGAUGACUCAGUUGUCAGACACAGAUGCACAUGUACUGAACAUGAAUUGAUUUUUCUGUUCCAUUCACCACCAAAACUGUAUGCCAGUCAUAUAUAUCCCUUGACAGGCAGUGAAUUUUUGAGUUAACCUGAUCUAUGAUUCAUUCCGAAAUGGCACCUAUGUCCAUAUAACAUCUGGAAAAAUUAUUUUAAAAAAUGGUGUACUUAGUGUUCAUAAAUAGUCAGGACCGUAAAUGGCCUUGCUCUCAGUCACUUACCCACUAGCAAAUGGUAUAUGUCACUUCUGUGUGUAAACUUGCAGUUAGUGCAAGUCAAGUGACCUCAUUUUCCAGCUAUGCAAUAUUAUUGCUACAUAAUAAACCAGCUGCAAUAGUCCCUUUAAAGCGCAUUUGAAAUAUCUCGCAUUGUGUGUGCAUUUUUAAUAUUUGUACUGUGCCGAUAAUCUGAGCCAGAUCCUUUCAAAGGUUGCCUUUUUAUAGGGCUUGAAAAUAAUAGCUUUAGAGCUUGCAAAUUUUAAUGCAGCUAUUUUUGUAAGAUAAUUCUGAAGAGUUCUUGGAUCUCCUUUGAUUUUGGUGGCAUUAUGAUUAGUGUCUAAUCCUUACACCAUGGGCCCAGUUCUCAUCAGCCAUUUGUGUAUGGUGUCUUGUAUAUUUUUGCUUGAAAAAGGGAAAAUCCUUUGGCUUCUCUUGAUUUUAUGAAAAGGACACUUCUGGACUUCAUGUUAAUUAACAGUGUAUUGUUUCUUCCAUGAUUAGUAACAUCAUAAAUUGCUGGAUUUAUAAGAAAACAAUUGAAUUCAUUUUUUUGAACUUUGAGUUGUGAUUCACUUUCUGUACUGUUGGGCUGGACAAACAGUGCACAAAGUAUUUGUGUACUAAUACUGCUGUAUUUCUCUCUGUGUGUGUAUGUCUUGCUCAUACUUGAACAUAAUGUUCUGAAGCUAAAUGUUAAAAGUCAGAAUAAUGGUAAUAGGUUUGGUUGUCCUCUAACUCCUUUUACAGGUUUUCCUUGGACACUGUUCGGAGAUACCCAAAAUUCACAAAUCUGUUUCUACAAAUACUCUUUGAUUAAAAUGUUGGGCAAUCUUUUAUCCAGAAGCUGGCUUAUCAGGUUGUGAUGAGAUGAUAAGAUGACCUUCCAUAAGAGUUGUGUGUAGGCCCAAAACCUGGACGUAUCCAUGCUCUGCAUGUGACGACAAAUGCUUUGCAGACAUCCUUUCCCAGAAACUCCCAUCACAGAACUCCCACAUGCACUUAAAUUCUUAAAAAGUAAUUUGGCAUGACAUCAAAGGGAAACUGCUAGUAUGCCUGUGGUACCUCCCCCCCACAUCUUUCUCAUUUAAAUUGCUUUUGUAGCAUAUCUUCAACCUGUUUUUCAGUCUCAAAAAUUAAAGGAGUUUUCCAGACAGUCAGCUUUUGGAUAUAGCCAAAAGCAUUAUCUUCAGGGGUAUUCAGCACUGCACUGUUUCUACAAAAAUCUGAAAUGAAGCUAUUUUUAUUGCCCCAGUCUUUUAGCACUGUUUGAAUUUUGUGUGCAAGUUUGCCCGAGUAAUUCAUUUCAACUGGAUCCUAUUUUAUAUUUAACUGUGACUUGUGGCUAGCAUUGCACAACUAAGCCACAAAAACCUGAAGUUUUACUUUUUGCACUAUUUGUACACCAAUGACUUAAAAUACUCUGUUUUAGGAAGCUUAUCAACCGAGCAGCUAUAUUUGUCCAAAAGCUUAUUAGCUCAUUCUCCCUAUUAACUCAUAGGACAAAUAGAUAGAAUAAUACAGUGUAAUUAAAGUUGAUUCACAUUUGAAGCAUCUGGAAUGAUAUGAAAUUUUGAAUUUUCUUAAAUGGCACUAUUUAAAUAUAGCCAUUCUGUUACAUUGCCAUGCCAUUCAUAGGGUUUAUUUAAUAGUAAAAGGGAAUAGCCUGUCAACCCUGUAAGAAUGGUAGCUUUGCCAAAAUGUUACAUUGCUGAAAAAUAUAGUGGUGACAUUUUAUAUGCAGUGUGAAACCAUGGUUUGGUGUCAUGUGUAUGAGCAAGCUUAGCUUCAAGAUAUGUACAUGUAUUUCUCUCCUUGUUUGGCAUAGUUUCUAAACCGACUUCCAUAAACUGACUUCCCAGUCUCAAGACACAGCUUGAUCCCGGUUUAUGGGCAAACUGUAGCCCUGCUCAGGUGUUAUGCCUGAACAGGAAACGUCCACUCAUGUAGGAGACACAAGGUCACAUGCUGUCCUGGCCCUUCUUGCUCAGUCUUCAGUCUUCCUGUGUUUAUCAGGAGAGGUCCAAAAGGGGCUUUUACCAGCAUUUCCUUGAAUACAAAUAGAAGCCCCCUCAUGGUUCCUGAUUGCACAGAGGUUUCUACUUCUGCUCAAGUCAGCAGUGGUAAAAGGGUUCAGAUAAACAGGAAGAUCAGUAACAGAGAGGGUGGAGAAGAUGCACACGGGGACACUGGGGAGUGUGGGGCAUGCACAGCCCUGUGUCUCCUACAUGGACGAUGAUUUCCUGUUCAGGGUUGAGCAAGACUUAUGUUUGAAGCAUAUCCUAGUUUGCCAUGGUUGGAUACUAUGACAACUGGAAGCCGGUAAGGGUGAAAUCCCAUUGGGUGAAGCUUUUCUGACAGCUGCUAGCCAGCUGCUAGUAAGACUGGCUGGAGAUCCUGUCCAAGGCACUUGGUUCUGGCAGGGACUGUGCAGGCUUGGUGUUCCGGCACUCCCUCUGCAUACUGGGGCUGACCAUGCAAGGGGAGGAGGGACCCUGCAAGUCCCAGGGAUGGUUUUGCUCAUGCACGCAAUACCAAACUAUGGUGGAAUGAGCUCAUUGUUUGAUUAAUAUAUUGUGGGCAUAAGAAUACAGUAAACCUUUUUUCAUGAGAUCCUAAAUUAUUUUAUUUUCUUGUACAGUAGUGAUAAUGCUAAGAAGUUUAAUUUGUAAAUAUAUUGUAUAAAAUAUGUUUUAAGGCUAACAGAAGAUUGUAACAGCGUUCACCUUGAAUGCACAGAUUUUUUAAAAAAAUAAUAAUAAAAUAGACUGAGAAAAUGUAGCUGUGAUCCAUAUACAAAUUAAUUCAACAUGCUAAUAUUUCUUAGGUUUACAGCCCACUCCUGUGCACGCUUACUCAAAAGCAAGUCCCACAUUGUUCAUUGGAACUUAUUUGAAAGUAAGUGUAUGUAGGAUUGCAGCCUUCGUUAAGAUCAUUCUUCACAUUACAUCUAUUGGUUAGUUCCUUAUAAUUGCUGGUUACUGCCAUGGGACCAACUGGUUUGUGAUGCAAUUCUGUUUCUUUUCAGAAGCAAAACCUAGAAUUUAAACUCCACAAAAAUGUUAACAACAAAAGGUCAAAUCUGUUCUCAAGGACAUUGAAUUUGGGUGGAAUAAAGUUGAGCAAAUGAAAUUGA